AUGGCGCUGCUGUGGACGUCAUGGAUCUGGACCACCACCGUGGGCCUCCUGUACGUUGGCCUCUCCCUGUCGACCUUCUCCAAAGUGUACCGCGCGGAGGUCGAGACCAAGAAGCCCGAGGGCGACCUGUGGUCCCUGCUGGUGGCGUCCAUCUUCGGCCCGUGCCUGGUCUUCAUUUACAGUGUCUUCUCGCUCUGCCUUCUGUCGUGGUUGACGCUUCGAAAGAAGAAGCGCAAGGCGGGCUUCUGGUACGGUUUCAUGACCAGUGCGUGCGCGAACUUGGGCCUCGUCGUGCUGCUGUGCUCGCUGGUGCUGCAAGGCUACAAACGCGAUGUGGUCAGCCUGUUCCAAAAGGACGGGGGCGUGCACUGGUCGGGGGUGGACACUGCAGUCUUCGAAACCACCUUCAUUGUGGGCUACGUGGCCUCUGGCUUCUACAUCAUACUGGGCGGCAUUCUCUACUAUGGGAGGUCGCUGAUGAGUUGGCGGGACGUGGAGAACCAGGGAGAAGGGGAGCAGCACCUCCUCGGGAGUUAG